AUAAAGGUAUAAUUAUCCGUCUCUUUUGGCAUGGUUUUUUAACUUAAUAUGAAUGGAUUAGAAGUACAUGUAAGUCAAGUUGAAAGAUGACUGAAACAACUGCUUUAACAUUUUUAAAAAUAUUGGUAUUAUUGAGCCAGUAUGGUAUUAUUCAUCAAUACCACGGGCCAACAGUACAAUUCACAUAACUCAAAGUAAUAAAUUAAAAGUCAGCGGAAGUCAGUUUAAAAGAAAAUUACUAAAUCAGACUGAAUAUUUGAUUAAUUCAGUAAUUAUCAUGGUGAAACCACUAUUCACACUAGCAUUAAAUAAUAUUCGUUUGAGAAGAUCCUUAAUCAUGGAAUGCGUCAAACUCGAGUCGAGGAAGGACUCAAUGCAAGAUAAAGUUUUAAAAGUACUAAUUGACAAACAAGUAGUGGAUAUUAAUGCAACUGAUCAAUAUGGUGAUAAUGCGCUAAUAUGUACUGUACGUAAUAAUGAGAUAAAAAUGCGUAAAGUUGUUGCUUGAUUAUGGUGCUGAUGUAAAUGCUGUUAACAACUAUGGUCAGACUGCACUGAUGUAUGCAGCAUCAGUAAAUGAUUCAGUUGAAUGCGUAAAUCUGCUCAUUGCAUAUGGUGCUAAUAUUGAUGCUAGGGAUAAUGACGGGACGACAGCUUUGAUACUCGCGAAAUCUGAAUGUAUGUGUUUGCUGGUUGACAAGGGGGCAGAUGUGAACGCAUCCAAUAAAAUAGGACUCACUGCACUCAUGCGGGCUGUAACGUUCAGCAAUACAACGCCCAUGGAAGCAUUAUUGGACAAUGGUGCUGACGUGAACGCUUGUAUCAAUGCUGGACCGAACACACUAUAUAACCCUGUUUCCCAAUACAAUGCUGACUCAAUAUUGUUGCUUCGGUAUGGAAUGAACGCACUCUGCCUUGCUGUAGGUAGUGACAAACCUGACUCAGUACGCUUACUUAUCAAGAAAGGUGCUGACGUCAAUGUAUGCGGUCCUGAUAAUGAAACGGCAUUGAUGCGUUCUGUUUGUAGUCCAGAUCUAGCGUGUCUAAAACUGCUACUAGCAAAUGGUGCAGAUGUCAAUAGGGUUGACAAUGAAGGUAAAAAUGCUAUUUCGAUUGCAUUCGAAUAUUUUGAAUUUGGAAUAGAGACAUACAGAGACAUCUGCAUCCUUGCUUUGUAUGGAACUCCAUUUGAUGCUGAAUAGUUACUUGCUUUUAAGAAGCUCACUUGUAAGGGCGAAUAUUCAAAACUAGGAGUGAUGUUAGAAGACUACAAACAAUUGGACCUUCAACAGCAAGUAAGACUCUGUAUGUAUCAAUACACCACAUGCGUCUGUCGGAAGACAUACUCUGGAACAAUUGAUACUCUCAUUAAAGGAGGUGAACUUCCAGAGAGAUUUAGGUCGUUUAUGUUAUUCGAAGAUGACAUUGAAGAAAUACUAGAUGUGAAUAGAGUGGGUUGAGAUAGCCGAGGAGACAAUUCACGGGUAGGAACCGCACCCCGCCAUACACCAUCAUACCACGAGCAAAGCUCUUGUGAUAACACAAUCACAUCCUCGCAUGAGUAAAGAUGAACGAUUUGUUUUCUACAAGUACAUUAUGUUCUUUAAUUUUUAGAUCUUAUUCAUGGUUAUUAGUAAAUUCACAACAUAUGCAUAUACAUGCAUGCGCCUAUGUGUGAUAAUUGACAUAAUGUCUAAUGAUAUAAUUACAUGUAUAUCUGACCCGCCUAUGGGUGCAUAUCGUUAUCAGUGCAAUUUACAUAUGUGGAGAAUUUCUAUCAGAAGUAUUUUUACUAAAGCACAUACAAGGGCCGAUCAAAAAGUUUCUUACCGUUGGCUCUCAAUUUUAUAAUAAGAGGAGUUGGAUGCUCAAACUUUUACAUAAGACAGGGUAGUAAGUUUGCUUGAGACUGUCUGAGUUUCAUUUAAAUUGGUUCAUUGGUAGUGACACAGAGUCCAUACAUAUUGUUAAUGA